AGGCCUGUCUGAGUUGAAUAUAUAUACCUGGGCCCAACUCAUAGAGGUAUUACGCAGCAGAGCCAGGGGCCCGGACAGGCACUGGCUAAGGCGACGGAGCGCGGGAAGAAGUCGCAAACGUUUGGCAAGCGGCAGUCGACAAGCCAUGGCUGCUAUCGAGUGGUGGGCAUAGGACGUGGUGCCAAUGCAGAGGCUAAGAAUGGGCGUGACUAAUUCUGAGAAGGAUCAUGUAGUCAUCACAGCAUGUCAUCAUCGCAGCUGCUCCUACCCCACCAUCGCAGCUGCUCUUACUCUAUCAUCGAAGAUGAUUUGCACAAUCAACGCUAUUGCUACGCACGACUUGAGCAUUACUGUCAAGCCUCGCACGUCCUUCCCCUAUUCGCGAGCCGUCAGCUUGCUCGCCUUGGCCCAUUCGCGCUUCGCCUUGGCUCCUGCGUCACCAAGCAAAGCCUCGCCCGUAAAGCAUGGGCUGCGCCGUGUGGACAGCCAGCUCGUGCGAGCAAGGAUUCGGCUUGUGGGAGCGACAAUCCGCUCGUCAGCUCAAUCCACACCCGGUCUCCGUUCUCGCCGUCUUGGACCUCUGAAUGGCGAAGGACGGCAAAGGUGGGCGAGGAGAACGGCAGGCUGCGUCGUCUGUGUCACAGCCAGACGAGCUACUCGAUGCGAGGCUGGACUCCAGUCGUCAUUACUGGUGUCUUGGUCAUGCGAACUCCCACAUUGGGCCGAUGCAUUGACGAUACCUCCUCGAAUGACUCGUUGUUGAGGAGCUGCCAAGAGUGUGCCAAUAUGAGCAUCAUUGAUGAUGAGCGGUGCUGUUGGCCUCAACUGGCCUCUGUCACUGGCUCUCCGCCUCGCACCGCUUGCCUCGUGCGUCGUGCGUCACCACCCGCGCCGCGCCCUGGGAUGUGGAUGUGUGCGGAGGCAGAGUGACGGAGCCUCCAUCUCGUCUCUCUCUCCCUUUCCCCGCUCCACUGCCAUUUGCCAUCGCCUCAUCACGAUCAUCCAUUCG